AUGUACGAUCUCGCCCUGGACACAGGGUCGGGCCCUGCUGUCGUGCGAUUUGGCCUGCCUCCAUCUUCGCUGCUCAAAUUCCCCCCGGACGAGCUCCCGGCCACCGUUCCUGCUCCCCAGCUUGACCAGCCGACAUGGUACCAACCAUUCAACAUCCCCACCGGUCUCUACAACCAGCUGCUCGAUGUCCGCGUGCCGAUCACUAUCGCUAGCGUCUACGCUGUUACCGUCGUCAUUAUCAACCGCAUCAACAAGAGCCGAGGCUACAAACCCUACGCGUUCAGCCAAACCAGGGCCUUCAAGAUCUUCGUCAUCCUGCACAACGUCUUCCUGGCCGUCUAUUCCGCAUGGACAUUCGCCGGUAUGGUCCGCACAUUCCGCAACACCUGGCCCUCUUGGGAGGAGAAUGGUCUCGUCGGCGUUGUCGAUGCGCUAUGCAAGUGCAACGGUCCCCGGGGUUACGGAAACGCUGCUACCUACGACACGACUGUGAACCAAUGGUCGAUCCAGAACCCCGAAUACAGAUUGGCUGAAGGCGGCGUACCAGAUCCGUCGGAUGUCGGCCGUUUGUGGAACCAGGGUCUGGCUUUCCUGGGCUGGAUCUUCUACCUUUCCAAGUUCUAUGAGGUGCUCGAUACCGCGAUCAUUCUUGCCAAGGGCAAGAAGAGCUCGACCUUGCAGACCUACCACCACGCCGGUGCCAUGAUGUGCAUGUGGGCUGGUAUUCGCUAUAUUGCGCCUCCGAUCUGGAUUUUCACUCUGGUCAACUCCGCGAUCCAUGCGAUGAUGUACACCUACUACACUCUGACGGCUCUUCGCAUCCGCGUCCCAAACAUUGUCAAGCGCUCCCUGACUACGAUGCAAAUCACCCAGUUCGUUAUCGGAUCGACCAUGGCCGCUUCCUACCUAUUCGUUCACUACACUCUUCCGCCAGUCCGCUUCAUUCCUACGACAUCUGCCGCUGCGGAAGCCGCAGCCGCCACCGGACUGUCCUGGAUCAAGCAAGUCGCUCUCCGCGCAGCCGGUGCUGAAGGGAUCGCCGAAAAUGUGGGACACGUUGGAACCAACCUUGGCGGUCCUCGCGAGGUUGUACAGGCCGGACCUAUGGUUACCUGCAUGAAUACCUCCGGACAGGGAUUUGCGAUUUACCUCAAUGUUGCCUACCUUUUGCCUCUGACCUACCUCUUCGCCCGCUUCUUCGUCCGCUCUUACCUGUAUCGCAAGGAACCCGGUCCUCAGGCCACUCAUAUCCACGCCGCCGAGAAAGCUGGCUUGGAUGCGCUGAAGGGAGUGCAACGUGAAAUCCAGAAAGCCGCGGAGAUGAGCGGAGAGACCAGCGAGACUACCGAGGACGAGGCGGCUACCAAGGCUCGCUCAAACCGACACCACGUACAGGAUACCGCCGAGAACUCCCCCAUUCGAACCCGCUCAAGCGCUGCCAAGAAGGCGCGCGCAGCUGAGAGCCAAGCCGAGUCUCAACAGGGAUUCUCUACCGUCCCCGCCGGAAAGAGCGCCAAGAGAGCCAGCAAAGAGGAGACACAAAGCGCCGGUGGUUCCGCUGAGGUCAAGACCUCCAACCCUUUUGGAGUUUUGGGCAACUCGAACGGCACCCCGAACUAA